CUCACUUGCAGUGUCCAAUCCACCAGCAUGCGCCUGCUCCUCGCCGUCACCGCGCCGAUCGUCGCCCACGCCUGCACCAUCAUUGGCGCCGGCGCCAAGGCCACGGCCGACGGCUCGACGAUCCUCGCCCACACCAACGACGCAGGCAGCAACCCGAACGACCUCCGGCUCGUGCGUGUACCGGCCAUGACCUUUCCACCGAUGGCGCAGCGGCCCGUGUACGAAGUGCUCCGCAAUGGCACGCCGCGCUUCACGUCCGAGAGCCGUGGUCCUGGCUACGCGGUCCAGCCCAAUCAGACGCUCUCGACGCCGCUCGGGCUCAUUCCGCAAGUGCCAUCUACAUACGCGUACUGGGACCACGACUACGCGAUGCAGAACGAAGUCCAGCUUAGCAUUGCCGAGUCGACGUGCUCGUGCAAGACAGCCGGGUGGCCGUCGUCGCUGCCGUACGGCCACAACCUCUUUAGUAUUGACGAGCUCUCCAAGGUUGCACUUGAGCGCUGCGACACGGCGGUUUGUGCGAUCCAGACCAUGGGCAAGCUUGCCGAAGAGUAUGGCUUCUAUGGCGAGUACAGCAACGACCCUGCGGCGCCCGAGUACGGCGGCAGCUGCGAAGCCCUCGGCAUUGCCGACAAGUCGGGCGCGCUCUGGAUCUUCCACGUGCUCACGGGCCGCGGCAACAGCAGCGCGAUCUGGGCCGCCCAGCGCGUCGCCGACACGGACAUUGUCGCAGUGCCCAACACGUUUGUCAUUCGCGAGCUCAACUUGUCCGACCCGACGCGGUACUUGGCGUCAUCGAACGUGGCCGACUUGGCGUACGAGAUGGGCUGGGCAACGCGCGAUGACACAUUUGACUUUACGGCUGCGUACGGCUACGUCGCGCCGGGGUCAGCCAAGCCGCUCUAUGGCGGCCGGCGUCUCUGGCGCAUCUACGAUCUUGUCGCGCCGUCGUUGCAGCUCGACGCAACGCUUGGGUUCCAUGCGCGCGUCCAGACAUACCCGUUCUCUGUCGUGCCGGACACGACCGUGACGCCCGAGACCAUGAUGCGCAUCAUGCAAGACCACUACGAAGGCACGCCAUUCGACUUGACACAAGGGGUUGCGGCCGGUCCGUUUGGCGAUCCGGUGCGGUAUGCGACCGGCAAGGGCAACCUUACCUUGGGCAACUGGGAGCGCGCCAUCUCGAUGCACCGGACCACCCACAGCUUUGUGCUGCAGACGCGACGUCUGCCGAAUCUAAGCGACGGCGUCGCGGGUCUUGCGUGGUACGCCCAUGGCGAGCCCGCAAACGCCGUGUAUUUUCCUAUUGCGUGCGGCCAAAGCGAGCUACCGACUGUGUUUACGAGCGGCCAGCGCGGCACGUUCGACUCGACGUCGGCGUGGUGGGCCUUUCACUUUGUGUCCAACUGGGCCCACUUGCGCUACGACCGCAUCCACCGGAGCAUCGUGAUUGAACGCAACGCGCUGCAGAUGGCAGCGCGCGUCCUCCAGCUCCAAGUCGACGCGAGCUGCGACGGCAAGAAGGCGGCCGACGACUGCGCGGCGACUAUAUUCAACGACUUGAUGACGCAAGGCGUCGCGCGCUGGUGGGAGUUUGCGUGGAAGCUCGUGAGCAAGUUCAACGACGGCUACAUCAUCGUCGGCAACACGAUCGGCAGCGUGCACGUUGCCGGGUACCCCGUGGCGUGGCUUGCGACCACGGACUUUGUGACCUACCCGCAACGGUACUCGCCGCCGGCUGCGGUCGCGGCCGAAGAAGCCGCCGCCGCCGCUGUCUACGGGGACGGCCACGCCUCGCCGAUGCCCAUCAUCGUGGCAUCGGUGGCCGCCGAGUCGGCGUCGACGUGGCAGCAGCUUCCGCCCGGGUUUUUGAUAGGCUUUGGCGUCGGGCUCGGGCUCGCAAUCGUUGUCGGGACUGUCGUCGCCAUGCUCGUGUCCAAGCGCCAGAAGAAUGCGAAGACGCCAAGUGCCACCACCACGGUAGCAGCUACCUCUGCCGACGCCGCCACCGUGUAGCUGAGCGCGCUAAGAUAGAGAACAUGCAUUCUGUGUAUUUCGCA